CUUGAACCGCUCGAGAGUAUGAUGAAAGGAACCUCUGUAUCUUAUACCAAAAUCCCUUUUUGGUCUCUCCUACUAUAAAUUAUACAUAAUGCGGCUAAUAAUCGUUUCUUCAUCAUUUCAGAGAGUUGGUUGUGAUUUGAGGAUAGGAUCUGCCAAGCAAGUAGAUGAAUGUGGUGUUUGUGGAGGAGAUGGUUCAUCUUGUUCGAGACCUUUGUAUCAUUGGACGCUAACGUACACGUCUUUAUGUUCGGUGACAUGUGGAGGAGGAUACAAGAUGUCACGCCCUUUAUGCCAGAAUCGAGUGACAGGAGAGGAAGUUGAAGAGGAACUCUGCAACGAUACACAGAAGCCUGAUUCAACAGUCGUAGAAUGUAACGUCCACAACUGUCCUCCGAAGUGGCAUGCCGGAGAAUGGGGCCCCUGUUCCGCCAGCUGUGGAGGUGGAUCAAAACUCCGACAAGUCCAUUGCGUAGAAGAAACAAACAACACCAAAUUACGGGUUGAUGACAUCAAGUGCGGCGGUCAUAAACCUUGGUUUCAGGAAGCCUGCAAUCAAAUGAAUUGUCCUACGUGGCUAACUACAAAAUGGUCAGGCUGUUCGGUAUCAUGUGGAGAGGGCCUCCAAGUGAGGGGCGUGGAAUGCAGAGACUCCGCCGACCAACUCAGCACGUUGUGUUCCCAAGACACCAAACCAGUCAAUACGAAACAUUGUUCCACUGGUAUCCAGUGCCCCUUCACAGUAGAUACCAGCGAGGAGCUCCUACCAGGGUUAUACCAUACACAGCCGCUAGUUCAACCGUACCCUCCUCCUCCCAUGCCUGAAAGGUUGAUAGGCGAGCAAGUAGUGCCAUCUGAGAGCACAUUCAUACCAGAUGAAUGGGGUCCUUGUAGCGUAUCCUGCGGGGAAGGAGUCCGCAAACGCGAAGUCCACUGCAAAAUUUUUCUGGAGUUCUCCAGAACCAUCGCCAAACUCCCUGACAAACAAUGUACUGGCCCAAAACCAAUAGAAAUCGAAGCCUGCUAUAUGGAGCCCUGCGCUUCCGAACGAAUGGGCGUAGACAUCAAAGAUGACCCCUAUAGUAGAUCAGAUAUUAAAGUAGCCCCUGGCUCUCCAGGAAAAUCAUAUUCCUGGAGGGAGCAGGGCUUCACGCAUUGUAGCGCUACUUGUCUGGGAGGCAUUCAAGAGUUAAUAGUCAACUGCGUUAGGGAUGACACUCAGAAAGUAACCUCCCCCUAUAUGUGUCCUAUAGAACUGAAGCCUGAGACAAGGAUACAAACAUGCAACGACCACCCUUGCCCUCCCAGAUGGAACUACUCAGACUUUUCAACUUGUUCCCAAAGCUGUGGUAUCGGCAUCCAAACUCGGGAGGUCAAUUGCAUUCACGAGGUCACACAAGGUGGAGGUAAUACCGUAACGGUUCCUAACAAUAUGUGUCCCCAACCUCCACCCCCAGAUCGCCAGUAUUGCAACGUUUUGGACUGCCCUGUGCGCUGGAGCGUCCACGCGUGGUCCAGAUGUUCCAAAAGUUGUGGUGGAGGCGUUAAAACGAGAAGGAUAGAGUGCAAACAAGUUAUGGCUCAGAAUCACACUGUAGAUAGACUGCCCACUAUGUGCCCCUCUCCAAAACCGCUUGAAUCCAAGCCUUGCAAUACCAAAAGCUGCCUGGUGGAGAGCGACAAGCCUCACAUUGACGUCUCUAAUAGCACGUUUAUCCAGCACGAUUCUAAGAAGAAGAAGAUUUCCCUGAAAGUUGGAGGAGCCGCAACCGUGUUCUUUGGCACCACCAUUAAGAUAAAGUGCCCGGUGAAGCGGUUCAACAGAACAAAAAUACAGUGGAUGAAGGAGAAGACCUUUUUGCCGAAAACCAAGAAAUAUAAAACUUCCAAGAAAGGGGCACUGAGGGUUUCUAACCUGUCUUUGAGAGACAGCGGUUUAUAUACUUGUGUUGCUGGCAAAUCUAUGGCCAGCAUACAUAUUUCGGUGAGGCCUAAACCUGGGGAAUUUCCUACUUCCGAAGAGAUCCAGAAGCACGGGUAUAAGACUGACAAGGUGGACCUGAUCUCCGACAUCAACACUCAUAGAGAAGACGGGGGUACUAUCUUCAGUGAUGAUCAUUCACACGAACAAAGGCCAGAUAGAGCAAGAAAAAAGCCUACCCCUAGGCCGAAAUUAUUCACGCCAACCCUGCCUUCAUUGAGGCUAGAUACCAGUUACAACAACGACCAUCAUCAGAGUACUCUUGAUAAAGGCAAUCAUCAGGAUCGAAUUUCCCAUUUACCCUCUAGCUCGUCCGAAUCCUUGAAUCCCCCCAAUCAUGGGGAUUCACCCAGUUCUGCGAGCCGAGUGAUGCCGAACUUCCAAAGACUAAUAUUUAAUUUGCAGCAAUUCUGGCCUUUCCAGACAUUCAGCAACUCCAGGGGGCACCGAAUGAUCGACUUUCCUGACGAUCAGCAGGCUCCUGAAGAGUUCUUCGCUAACCCACCUCUGGAAGAAGCAGAAAAUACGACGGACGAUGCACUGGGAGAUAACAUAGUGGUGCUAGGCAAGGGAAGAAAGGAAAACUUGGUGUUCGAGUGGAAGAUCGGAUCAUGGACCAAGUGUUCUGAAACAUGCGGUGGUAGUGGACUGCAGAUGAGAAAAGUUACCUGCAUUGUUAGGUUGAACAAUACAACACAACCCGUGGAUGAUAUUUUAUGUGAAGACGCUGGACUGGAAACACCCAAAACCAAACGGAAAUGUGGUUUUGAUCAGUGCCCGGAGUGGACACCGCACGAAUGGAGUCCUUGCGAGGAAUCAAAAUGUUUCGCGUGGCACAAAGCUUUACAGCGAAGGAUCGUUAGAUGUGAAAUAGGAGGCAAUCUCACAGUGGAUCCCUCAAAGUGUGACUUUCAGCAGAAACCAGUCGACAAGCAAGAAUGUUUCAGUGAAAGAUGCAUCGGUAAAUGGAAAGUUGGUCGCUGGUCAGAAUGCGACACGAAAUGUGAGAAGAAGGGGUUGAAAUUCAGAAUCAUACAGUGUGUUUGGUACGGAACCAAGAAAGCUGCAGGGACGGCUUGUAAAGAUAUGCCUAGGCCUCCAGUAACGAAGGAUUGUAUAGGACCACCUUGUACGUCGAUAGAAACGGUAUGCAAGGACCACUCGAUGUUUUGCCCAAAUGUGAAAGCCAUGAACAUGUGUAGAAUAACUAGAUACCAGCAGCAGUGUUGCCAGACUUGUCAGGAUUGAAGAAGUUAUUUGUGAAUAAGAAGAAAACGGCAACAGUUGUGAAUCCAGGUGACUGGAAAGUGUGUCAAUGUCAAAUAAUUCGUGUUUCCCGAAUUCUCCACUAUUCUGUUCGAAGAAGCAAAGCACAUGGCAGUAGUUAUUUAAUUGCAAUCGGGUCUUACAGGAUCUGUGUGUUAUAAAAAUCACUUUCAUUUCAGAAAAACUAUCGAAAUCUAAAAUAUUUGUCGCAGACAGAAAUCCAAAAGCAAAUAAUUCAAUAAGCAUUCUGAUUCUGAAGCUCUGUUUUGAGAAAAUUUGCGUGUUGAUUCUAUUUGUUUGACAGUUGUGACAGCAAGAACCAAUAACUUCUUCAGGCAAGAAUGUUUGGUGUUUUCGUUUUUUCCUUCAUGAUGAUUAGGCAAUAAUCUCAGACUUUGAUUGAAACUCAAAACAAGUUGACCCAAACUCUGAUAUCAGAAUAUUCCAUUUACGAAAAAAAAAUAAACUGAAAAGGGGUUGAUGAGGUUUAUUUAGGUAAAUAACUUUCAAAAAAGAUCGGUCGUGAAAUAUUUCGUCAUAGUGGUUAGCCAAUCAGAUCAAGAUAUUUCAUGAUAGUCGCAACGGUGUUUAUAAUUUAUAUCUAUGAUUAUGAUUGAAUGAUUUCCACCUUUUUUUCCAUUCUAGAUUCAUUCCACCACUAUAGCACCAUUAGUAAGUAGUAAUAGUACAAUAUGUUCCUCCUUCCAUCCGUUUCGGUGGAUAUGAGAAAAAAUCCUCAAAUCGUACAUACAUUUUGAGAUAAAUUCAUUUAUUCAUUUAUUUGUAUUCAAACAGAUCGAAGGUCUAACUACAUGGAUAAUGUGUAAUAAAAUCGAUAAUGAUAAUAUGUACGUAAACUAGCUCAUGAAUAGAAAAUCAUAUUCAUGAACAGAUGAAAAUACUUAAUAUAAUAAAUAUGUAUACCGUAUCAAACAGAUGUAUUCAAGAAAUAAUCUGAUAUUGAUCCACGAAAUACUCCGUCAGGUAGAGUCCAAUCUAAAUCUACAAGCAAACUACAUGUAUUGGCCAGUUGUAGCAUAGUCACGAGAGGGAAUAUGUUUGUUGUAACCACCAAUAUAUUGGUACUGAUUGAUUUAUUGUUAACAAACCUUUGCUGUUCUUCCGUGAUAUAUAUUUUUGUGUAGUGAAAUAUUAGUGUAUAAAUAAUUUGCUCAAUUAACUUGGCCGGAGCACACAUUAUGGAGAUUAGCCGAUAAUUUUCAGUCAUAUUUUUUGCCACUCUCAUAAAUAAUAAUAAUAAUAAUAAUAAUAUUUCCCUAAUGUCGCAAAAAUUGUUAACUAUAUCAGCAUCAUUUAUGGAAUAUCCACAGGUCCAUAAAUUCUAGAGAAACGAACAUGUUUUACGUUCACGAAGAAAUAAGUAUGUCAAAUAGUAAGUUUUUCUAAAACUCUUUUCUUUUUUUUGAACUCUUGCGUUUCUGUAUCAAAUAUUUGUUUAGUGUUUCUGUAUUGCUAGCCUAAUUUUCACAAGAUCUAACAAUUUUCAGUGGUAUUGGUAUCAUAUGAAGUGAAAAAAAAUAUUGAUCAGCAGAAUCCAUACUUAUGAACUAUUGAAUGCUGACUAAUGGAUGUUAAGAGAUUUUCCUCAACUAGCAUAAUUUGGGUCAGUAAAUGACGACCGAUACUCAAUAACUGGAUACAGAUCAUGGAAUUCAUUUGCCCAGAAAGAGUUUCCAAUGUACUCAAACUUAUUAGAUCUUGAAUCAUUUAUAUCACAUCUGGAAACUACAUCAGUAAAUUGAUUCAGUUUGUGCUGUUCUGUUAGUCCGAAGAUGCUCAACUGUUUUCCAAUCAAUGGAAAUUGAAUAAGAAGAAAAUUUCAAUGAUUCGACUCGAUAACUCGUAUCUCUGAAUUGAUAUGUCAUGUCGAACAAUAGACACUUUUUAUGUAACCAAUAAAAAUGAUAAUCUGUUUACCUCUUACGGCUUUUUCAAUACCUUCCAUAGUCUUCUAUACAAUCCUAUCGUGGGGAUACUCACCACAUACUACUGACGUAUUUUGUGCACAAGGGAAGCCGUAAGAGUUAUUUCAAACCUAAAUUAUAAACACGACAGUCAGGAAAAUUCAAACAAAUGAAAAUACUCACUGAUCCCUACAUUUAAAUCCUACAUUGUCUUUUAUAUGCGGAAAUAAAUGAGCAAAAUACAUUAUUAUCCUACGAGAGGUUCAAAAAAUAAAUGUAUAAACCACCAUGAAGUCCAACUGGUAUAAACUACUUUGGUCCAAAAUACUUCAACGUUCUUCCACUAUCCAUAAGACAAUUAGAAUACAAUCAGAGUCCAUGAUUUCUUAAUAACAAAUGCAUUUUUUUCAUUCUCAAAUUCUAACUGCAGUUAACACCACCAGUAACAAAGCGCACAACCUCGAGAGACUCUAUUCUGUGAUGUAUAUCAAUUUGUGUUGUAUUCAUCUGUACAUCUGUAUAUCCGUAUUUCUGUAUAUCCUUCAUUUGUAUUACCACCAAGUGUAGAAGCAUCCAUAAAGAUUUGUCAUUAUCAAGUAAAAAUCGUUAUUCAUGAUAUAGUAAUGAUGUCACAAAAAUUAUAGAUUUACUAAAAUUUUUCAGAAUCUGACAUUUCUCUGAUGAGUCUAAUACUAUGAGAAUAUUGAAAAACCGAAAGAAUUUCAUCUAAGAUGUUUUCUCUAACGCUUUACUAUUGCAUACGUUUUUCAAUUCGUCAACAAAUCUCCAUGAAUCAUAGAUUUGGAUCUUUUUAAAGUUUUGAAAAUCAUUUAUACGAUCACACUUCAAAAAUAAAAGCACAGGAAAUAAUACUAUUGAACGAAUAAUUCUAAAUGGCACGCAUUUUAUCUGAUUUGAUAAAAAUUAUGUCAGAUGUCUGUGAUGAUCAGGAUCUUCAGUGAGUAUUUAGGAAGGAUCAGAAAUGUUUGGCUAUCAGAUCAUAUGGAUCCAAAAUAUUGAAGUAAGAGAAGACUGACUUUUUACUGACAACUUAUAAGUUCUCAAAUAUCAUCAAAAAUAAUACAUUUUUCCAUAAUCUAAUGUAACCAAACUAAUGAUGUAUCACGAAGAUUUAUUAUACAGAUCCUUACUUGAUUGAAAUAAUAUUUCAUCAUUUCUUUUCCGUAUAUCUACAGUGAGUUAAUUCAAACUCAAAUCUUUUCAUAUGCUAUUCUCGUUUUUUACUUGUUGGUUGCGAUUCUGUGAAAACGUGUUAACUACAAAUAUAUUUUUUCCCAAUUGCACUUCACAUGCUUGAAUUUUUUUUAAACUAUUUAUGUUUGAGAAUUACUGUACUUUGAUGAAAUAUAUAGAUACGGGUUUUUUGUAUGUGCCGAAAUACAGAUUCAAAUGUUUUUUUCUCAAGCGCAAACUGAAAUUAUUUUCUAAAAUGAAUGACUUAAUGAUAUUCCGACCUAUUCGAAAUAUUCAAACUGGGAUUUACACCUGAAUAUUAUUUGCAAGUGUUUUACAUGUUGCACUGACAUCUCUUAAUUGAAAGUCUAAGAAUGAAUGUGAAUAAAAAAGUAAUAAUGGAGUCAUAUCUAUAUUAAUUUUGACUCUAAUCAAAUUGAAUAUCCUGCAGUUUAUUCUUUGGUAGUCUAUAUACACAGGUUUAUUGAAAUAACUUUCAGUUUCUGAAUUGAUAUUCUGAUUCAUGUUGGAAUUAAUAUAUUUUCCAAGAAUUCUUUAAUAAAUCCAUGGCAUUGUAAAAUAUUCCUCUACCGCUCGCAAGAUGGCGAAUCAAUGCUUAUUCUUCAAAGUGUCAAUUUAAAAGUUAUUUUGGAUUAAAAUCUAAAUUGCGACAGUUUUUCUGAAAUGAAAGUGAUAUAUUUGAAGACUGAAUUUUAGUUCAUUUAGUUUUGUACAUUGAAUAUUUAAUUUACUAGUUUUAAGUAUCCAUGACGUUUCAAAUAAAAUGUCAACACUGAAAAUAAAAAGCAUACAUAAAUGAAAUACAUUGCAUUCACGCCAAAUUGAAAACAUUUCUGAAGCUUUUCAUUAUAUGGGAUAGUGUUAUGAAACAAAGAAAGCUAGACAAGCAUUAUUCUCACAAAAUUUCAAAUGAUACACGUGUUCUUGAUAUCUUAUGAAUAAUAACGUGAAUAUUCGUUCAAACUAUUUUUUUUUGUUAUUUCGAAAAAAAUAUAGCUAGAAAAAUAUUCUA